GUGUUAUCGAUAGCUCACUGCUAUGCUCAUCCUGUAUUUAACAAAAAAACAAACGCUAACAAAACGGUUGCGCCGCCUUGCAUUUCCCUAGAGUUGUGAACACAUUUUUGCGCUAUUUUCCACAUUCAGCAUUUCCCGGCGACCAUAUAGCCACCGUUCCGUUGCAGCAGCUCGCUCCCGCCACACUCGCUCCUCCGGCGUUCCCGUUUCCAGCAGGGAGCCCCACGGUGUGAUCGAAGAAUUUGCGAGUUGCUCGGUUGUUUCAGAAAGGCUUAUAAAAUUGGCAAGAUAACUAAGCAGAGCACGAAGAUGCCGCCAGCGUCAGCGGUGAAUAACAGUAAUGCAGCCGCCCAGGCGGCGAAGGCCGAGCGGGCGGAGAAGCUGCGAGGGGCACUGAAGGGCUUCAUCGUGGCGGACCGACAGCGGCGCCAGGAGGAAUACGAGGCCCAGUGCGAGGAGCAGCGGUUGCGACGUGAACGGGAGGAACAGGAGCGUCAGAACACGCUCUCGCUGGAGGACACACGAGGGCAGAUCACGCGGCUGGACGAACAGUUGGCCGACCUGCACAGUCAGAAGCACCAGCUCACCGUCCAGCUGAAGAAGGUGAUCAACGAUGAGGAGACCCGCAAGAAGCAGGCCAAGGAAAACGAGCUGUUUAUAAUGCAGCAGGCGGCGGCCAGCAAUCCCGUGUUCAUGCCGCCCCUGCGUCUCCAGCAUCACCAGUUGCUGCAAAAGCCCCCGCCCGGAACACAGCCUGGAAAGCGGGGUCGAAGCCCCUCACCGCCAAACCAGCACCAGGCAUACUACAAGAGUGCCGCCAGCUACGCCCAGCAGAAACACGAUGACUACCGUCGUGCCGCGGACUAUGCUAGACUAUCAUGGAACAAGACCCCGGCACAGUAUCCAGGACCAGGAACGCUUUUCUACCAGACGACAGCGGCGUCGCCGACGACACAGCAUCAGGCGGAUGCCCGCCUCCAGACCAUGUACAACUACCCGAUGCCACUGCGGCAGACGACCUACCACGUGGAUCUGCCCAGCGCCACCGUCAGCAAGGCACCCGACUCCCAAUCCUCCAAGCUACCGCCACAGUCGCAGCCCAUGCAGGUGCUGCACAUCAACCUCGACCAGCCGGCCAUUUCGCAGGCGGAUCUGGUGGUGCAAGCCGGCGGCAGCCUAUCCGUACAGGCGACCAAGCCGCAGGUGACCAUGGAGAAGUUGUCGGACCGCUACCACAUCGAGGCGAAGCACGACGGUCCGCCACCGGGUCACGUGCCGCCGCCCCCACACCUGCUAUCCGAGGGCGUCGUGUACAAGCCCCUCUUGAGCGAACUCUCGCUGCAUCACAACGUGCUGCAGAUAAGCAGCAGCCAGUUUCCCCUACAGAAUCCCAAAGCAGUGGGCAGUAUAACGCAGGGCUAUGCCCCCGGACGCGGUGGCUCCGCUCACGAACAACAGAUAGCCCGGCAACAACUGGCGAUGCUGCCCGGCCAGCCGGGUGUACCACCCGGAUCCGUGUCUGGAUCACCACAGCCCCCUCCUGGACAACAGUUGCAUUACACGCGACGCCUGUACUAGCACCAGCCCGGCUGCUGCUACGGAACUAACUCACUGAUAUACUUACGAUUUUAAAUGGAAAUUAUUAUGACUAUGCUGCCCCACAUGGAGGCGGUUACACGAAAUAAAGCACACAACUAUGGCGUCCCUAUUUUCCAAUCGAA